AUGGGAUCAUUGGUUGAUAGUUUUGCUUUGCAUAAUUUGAACAAGAAAAUCGUGAUGGGUGACAAUGGUUAUGUUUUUGAAGACGUUCCUCAUUUGUCUGAUUACAUUCCUAAUCUUUCUACGUAUCCUAAUCCAUUGAAGAAAAAUCCUUCCUAUUCAGUCGUCAAUCACUAUUUUGUCGAUGAAGAUGAUACAGUUGCUCAAAACAUUGUUGUCCGCAAGAAUAGUCCAAGAGGGAUACAUUUUCGUCGAGCUGGUCCUUCCCAAAACGUUUAUUUUAAGGCGGAUGAUGUUAAUGCAUGUAUUGUAACAUGUGGAGGUUUAUGCCCUGGUCUCAAUACAGUUAUCAGGGAAAUAGUAUGUGGCUUGUACUCUAUGUAUGGUGUAACAAGAGUGAUGGGGAUAGAUGGAGGAUAUCGAGGUUUCUAUUCCAAAAACACGAUUCCAUUGACACCUAACGUUGUGAAUGAUAUCCAUAAACGUGGUGGAACGAUUCUUGGGUCAUCUCGAGGAGGUCAUGUUACUAAGAAGAUAGUAGAUAGCAUUCAGGAUCGAGGAAUUAAUCAGGUUUAUAUAAUUGGAGGAGAUGGAACGCUUAAAGGAGCAUCGUUGAUAUUUGAGGAAAUUACAAGGCGUGGUCUGAAUGUUGUAGUUGUUGGAAUCCCCAAGACAAUAGAUAACGAUAUACCAGUUAUUGACAAGUCUUUUGGUUUUGAUUCUGCGGUUGAGGAAGCUCAACGUGCUAUUAGCGCUGCUCAUGUUGAAGCUACGAGUUUUGAGAAUGGAAUUGGGGUUGUGAAGUUAAUGGGACGGGAUAGUGGGUUCAUAGCAAUGUAUGCUAGUCUUGCUAGUCGAGAUGUUGAUUGUUGUUUGAUUCCAGAAUCCUGUUUCUAUCUUGAAGGACGCGGUGGACUGUUUGAGUAUAUCGAACAAAGGCUGAAAGAGAAUGGACACAUGGUGAUCGUCGUAGCUGAAGGUGUUGGACAAGAUGAUGAGCAAGUUGAUGUUGGUUUAUGGAUAUCGAAAAGGAUAAAGGAACAUUUUUCGAAAGAAAAGAAGAUGAUGAUCAAUCUUAAGUAUAUAGAUCCAACAUACAUGAUUCGGGCUAUUGCAAGUAAUGCAUCUGAUAAUAUGUAUUGCACUCAUCUUGCUCAAAGUGCGGUACAUGGAGCAAUGGCUGGGUACACAGGCUUUACGGUUGGUCCUGUCAACAACACACAUGCUUACAUACCCUUUGAUAGAAUCACUGAGAAACAAAACAAGGUUGACAUUACAGACAUGAUGUGGGCACAACUUCUAUCUUCAACUAAUCAACCUAGCUUCUUGUCAACGACGAGAUCAGCUGAUAUAAUUGAAGCAAACAAGGACGAAGAACCACCUAUUCAAUUAUCAGAUGAAGAAACAAAUCAACUUAGCUUCUUGACAACCAGAGUCGAUAUAAAUGAAGCAAACAAAUUGUGA